AUGCCGACCUUCCCUAUCCUGCCUACAAUUUUGAGCAUAGCACUCUUGUUUAUCCGAGUGGCCGCUAAACCAGAGACACCUGUUCUACUCCAAGAUAGGGCAGACACCAUUAUCAAGCAAUGUAGCCUCCCUGGUCCAGGCGAGGAUUUUCAUGCCGCUUCCGCUGCGGAAGUGAAUUUGGAACCGGACGCUGUCAAAGAGGCGAUUGAGUACGCCUCCACUGCUGGACGCUUGUCAGUCCAAAUCUUUCGCCAUAACUGUAAAGUUGCGGAGGGGCCAUUAGACCCCCUUACAGACGGGAUCGCGAACAAUGUGUUUAGUGUCACCAAGUCUGUGAUUGCUAUGAUUGCUGGAUUGGCAUACGACCGGAAUUUGCUUGCGCUCAACGAUCCAAUUGGCAAAUAUCUUCCCAGGGAACCAGGAUGGGGAGAUGAAGCUCACCGCGCAAUCACUGUCGAACAGCUCCUUACUGAGACCUCUGGUCUCGAUGAAGCACUAUUCUCUGAGAUCGCUACUAGCGGACUCGAUGCUAGUGCUCCUCAAGUGGCGUUAGCUCAACCCAUCAUAUAUCCACCUGGAACUAAGUUUGACUACAGCCAAAGGGUACCUGACCUGAUGAGCUUCGUCAUACAGCAAGCUGUGGGAGAAGACCUUCAAACCUUUGCGCAAAAGCAUUUGUUCGAUCCAAUUGGCAUAGCCAAUGACACAUUUUUCUGGCUUCGAGAUCGAUCUGGCAACACCUAUGGCUUUGCUUCCCUGUAUAUUCCGCCCACUCAGCUUGCAAAACUUGGCCUGCUUAUGCAGAAUGAUGGCUCCUGGAACGGACAGCAAGUCAUCUCCUCAGAUUGGGUCUCCAAGGUAUCGCAGUCGAGCCAUCUAAAUCCUUGCUACGGCUAUUUCUUCUGGACAAACCGAGCGAAGCCAUGUAUAGGUGUGAACUUCCCGUCGGCACAGACAUACGAUCGUCAUUUUAUACCUACUGCACCUGAUGAUCUCUAUGCUAUGGCGGGUGCGGUGCUGCAAAACAACUUUAUGAUUCCCAGCCUUGACAUGACCGUCACUUGGACCGGUAUUAUAGGCGAUUCGGAGCCAAACCUCUCUGCUCUUCUCGGUGCCGCUCCGGGGGCUGAUCGAUUCUAUACAUUUUUUCGCAUUUUGAUGCGUGGUGUCAAGGAUGCGGAUGUUCCAGACCCCGGCCCAUUCAAGGUUGAUCCGCUGGAUUUGGACAUCAGUCCAGACAACUAUCUCAGUGCGACUGUCCUUCUCAAUAGCCUUGUCUCGAGCCCCGAAUGCAAUAUCGUCGUUUGUAAUGGUGGAAUUCCUAGUGAUGGUGUUAUGGAGAAUCUUCGGGGGUUAUUGAAUGUGGUUAUGGGAUCGUUGAAAAACUCUUUGCCGUAA